GCACAGAUAGUGAUUGAAAGUGAUGUUAGAGGGAUUUAGUCUCCACAUUAAGUUGGACCACGGCAUGUGCGGCCAUCUGCCCUUGAAGCCAGGAGGAGAGGCCGGGACGCGACCAACCUUUGAUGUGGAGGCAGCUCCCGCCUCCAGCGCGCGUUAUGUUUAAAGCACCGGGUCGCUCAUUUCCUCCAGUUGCCGAGAAUGUUCACGCGAAUCAGGAGAGGAUUGGAGAGGCGUAGAACUCAGGCCGUCCAGAUGGGCUCGCAGUAAUCCCCGGCUGGAUUUGGAGGACUUUACAGCGGCGGGUUAACACUUGGACAGCGGCCAGACCGACCCGCUCCCUCUGCACGGACAUCUGAAGGGGUUGGAUCUAUGAGGUUCAGCUGGCGGGGGGUUUGAGUUCUCUCGGGAACUAUGGAGCGCCCGGGAUGUGGCGGAGCGGGUCUGCUGUGUGCUUGCUACCCGUGCUGAACUGAGCCCGUGCCCGGCACGCCUCGCCACCCGACCCGAGCCCGCGUGUGCGCUCCGCCCGGGGACCAUGCGCUCCGGCCCCAUGCCCAUGCUACAGCUGGCCGCCCUCAUCUACUCUCUGCUGCCGGCCAGGACACAGUACGACAGCUGCAAGUCGCUGGUCAACACCGAUGACGGCCCUUCCUGGGAGUUUUACGCCUGUCAACCCAGACCCGUGUCCAUGAAGCCCUACCUGAAAGUGAAGGUGGAGCCGGCUGUGGUGACUUGUGGGGACCCGCCCGAGCGCUUCUGUGCCCUGGGCAAUCCCUACAUGUGCUUUAGUGAAUGUGAUGUUUCAAACCCUGACCUGGCUCACCCCCCCAAACUAAUGUUUGAUCAGGAAGAUAACGGACCUGUAACUUACUGGCAAAGUGUCACCUGGAAAAAAUACCCUGAACCUCUCCUGGCUAACAUCACUCUGUCCUGGAACAAGAGCAUCCAACUCACCGAGAAUAUCGUCAUUACCUUUGAGGCAGGCCGACCCACCACUAUGAUACUGGAGAAGUCCCUAAAUUAUGGAAGGACAUGGCAGCCUUAUCAGUACUAUGCAGAAGACUGCAUGGAGGCCUUCAGAAUGGAGGCCAAAAAUGUCCGGGAUCUCUCACCCGUGACUGCUCUCCAGAUCAUCUGCACCGAAGACUACUCCAAGUGGGUGGGCUUUGAAAAUGAGAAGAACUUGCAUUUUGAGGUCAAAGAACGCUUUGCGAUUUUUGCAGGCUCGUUCCUCCAGAACAUGGAGGCUCUGUACAAGAGAAUGGACAUCAACAAGGGUCUAAGAGACUUUUUCACGUUAACGGACCUUCGCAUCAGGCUGAUAAAACCCGCAACCGGAGGGACAUUUGUGCAGAGGAAAUACUUAAACAAGUACUUCUACGCAAUUUCUAAUGUUGAAGUUGUGGGCAGGUGUAAGUGCAACAUGCACGCAAACAGCUGCUACUUCAAGGAAGGGAUUUUGAUGUGCGAGUGUGAUCACAACACGACGGGCCAAGACUGCGGAAAGUGCAAGAGGAACUAUAAAGCCAAAUCAUGGCGCCCGGGCAACUACAGUCCAUACCCAAUGGGAACAGCCAACAGCUGUGUGGCUGCCAGUUCCGCUUACGGCAACUGUGAAUGCUACGGCCACUCCAACCGCUGCAGUUACAUUGAAUACCUGAAGAUAGUGACCUGCGUCAGUUGCAAACACAACACCCGGGGCCAGCACUGCCAGUACUGCCGCCUGGGCUUCUUCCGCAACGCGUCCGCCGAGCUGGACGACGAGAACGUCUGUAUCGGGUGUAACUGCAACCAGCACGGGUCAAGGCACGAUCGCUGCAACGAGACGGGCCACUGUGAAUGUAAAGAGGGGGCCAUGGGUUCCAAGUGUGACGACUGCAAGUCAGGAUACCACUGGAGACGGGGCUGCUUCCCCAACAUCUGUGACAACGAGCUGCUGCUGUGUCAGAACGGCGGCACCUGCCACCACAACCAGCGCUGCCUGUGCGCUGGCGGAUACACCGGCGUCCUCUGUCAAGGCGGCCGCUGCCGCCCCGGGGACCAGAAUUGCAACGCGGCUUCCAGCUUGUCUCCCGGCGCCGCCACCGCGUUGCUGGCCGCUCUCGCACUGCUGCUGGCCGCUCCCUGCUCCUAGUCGGCGAGCAUCGUGGUGAACCUCGCUCGGGCCGCGGAGCCCGGCCGCCGAGCGGCUUGAAGAGCGGGCGGGCGCCUGAGACGACUUGCGCCGCCCCAGUGCCAGGGCCGGGCCAGGCCAGGCCAGGGUCGCAGUUCCGUGUAUCUCGGUGACAAUGACGAGACUGUACAUGUCUGUGCCGUAUCCUACAGUGAACGUUCUCAUAAUCCGUAUGGGGGGGUGGGGGGUGGGGGAAAUUCUAGGAAGCAAUUCCAAAACUUAGGGCGAGGAAUUGCAGAGCGGACUCUUCAGAUUCUGCUGCAUACUCAACAUCAUCUACUGUCCAGAUGUACCGAUUGCCCAAACAAUAGUGGCUGCGUUUCUUUGCAAAAUACCAGUCGGCUGGGAGGAGUGGCUGAAUUCUCAAGGAGCAUGGUCGGAGGGAGCGAGUGGCUGGUUAUAUCACACGCCGAGCAGUAUUAUUAUACCAGGUUCAAUACUUAUUUUGUAGAAAUGGUUAUUUUUGCUCUAUUUGAAUGUUCACAUAUUAUGGGCAUUUUAUUAGUGACAACACAGAGUAAAGUGACUUGUUAACAUCA